AUGGCACAACCGUGCUCGUCGACCUCUUUCUCCAACGAACCGGGUUCAGACUACAUUGUAAAUUUGAACGUAGGUGGGAGGAUAUUUGCGACGAGUUGCAAUACUCUCAGCUGGAUUCCCGAUUCAUUCUUCACAAGUCUUCUGAGUGGACGAAUGAAUAGUGUUCGAGAUGUGAGCGGAGCAAUUUUCAUUGAUCGAGACCCUGAUGUGUUCAGAGUGAUUUUAAACUAUUUGAGGACAAAACAAGUCGAUUUAGGAGGUCUGAAAGUAUCAACUCUGAAACACGAAGCUCUCUUUUUUGGACUAACUCCUCUCAUCCGCCGCUUGACUCUCUGCGAAGAACUUAGUUCAACUUCGUGUGGUUCUGUCUACUUUUGUGGAAUGAUUCCUCCACCGGAUAUGCCUGUCGAAGCAUUACCAAAUGAGAAAAGUCGCUCGCCAAUGUAUUCCAAUUCCUCCGAUUCCAAUGAUUCCAAAAACAAGACAAACGGGUCACCAAGACAUCGUGUACAUUCCAAAAAACAAUCAAGUGAUAUGAGUAGAUAUAUUAAAAACGAGUUGUCCGAAUUGGCAAAAUCUAAAAGUCUGUUGGAUCGAGAUACGGAACCAUUGAAAGUCAGAAUGAUUCGAGCUCAUAUAUGCUCCAUUGUAGUAGCUUAUUCUUACUUUGUCUGUGUAUACAGAGUAACUGAAUGGAAUACAUACGUUCUUCUCUGGAAAUCACCUAGAACUCGUACCUAUGUGACACACAUUGCAGUGAACACUAAAAUAUCAGCUACAGUUGCUGAAAGAUUUGUAGCUGUAGCAUUUCAAGAUGAUACAAUCGGGUUGUGGCAUAUCGAUGAUGAAGGGAAAACUGAGAAAAAGGGACUCUUCUCUAUGAAUGCCUCAAUCGAUAAUCUCUUUUUCGUUGGAACACAAAUGGUCGCACUCAGUAAAUCUGGAAAAGUUGGCAUCUGGCAUUCAGCUACACAAAAUUGGCAAGCCCAAGAUGUUCAACCAAUAUCUUGUUAUGAUACUGCUGGAUCUUCACUCAUUUUGGGAUGUGCAAAUGGAAGUAUGAAUCAUAUCGAUAUGCAAAAGUUUCCACUGCGAAUGAAAGAUAACGACCUGUUGGUGACUGAGUUGUUCAGAGAUCCGAACGGAGACACAAUCACUUCCCUGUCUGUUUUCCUGACACCCAAGACUUCUGCAUGUGGCAAUUGGAUCGAAAUUGCCUAUGGAACAUCCAAUGGAGUUGUCAAUCUUAUACUACAACACCCCGAAACAGCUGGUCAUCAGCCAGUUCUAUUCCAAAGUUACAAUAUUCACAACUCUCCGGUUGUUCGAGUUUCUCUGAAUACCGCCCAUCUUAUCAGUGUCUGCUCCGAAUACAAUCACGUCCGCUCAUGGAACGUCACGAGAUUCCGUGGCAUGAUCAAUACACAACCGGGAACUGUACCUCUUGCUUCUUUCAAAGUUUUAACUCUUGACUCAACAGAUGAAACGACGGAUAAACAAUACAAUCAUCCGGGACCAUAUGGAGAUCAAGAUUCGGAACAAGUUCUCGUUCAGAGACUUAUUCCGAAUGCCCAAAAGUUGUUUGUCAGACUAGCUUCAACUGGAGAAAGAAUCUGCACAGUCGACUCUGUAGAAGACUCCCCAAUAACAGCUUUUUGUGUUCAUGAACUGGAUGGUCAAAAGCUUGGAAGUCGUCUGAGAAAACAUUUAUUCUGUGGAAAUGGGAAUGGAAGUGUUCAAGUAUGGGAUCUCACUUCUGCUUUGGACCAAUUUCAUCUGAAAAAUGGAUCUAACCCGGGACAUCAACAAGUGAAUCCUCCGGCUGCUGCGAACCAUGCCGAGUUGAUAAAAUCACAAUUGGCACAGUCACCGAGAUCAUUGAUUAACUUGUCGAACUAUUCGGGCGGUCCAACACCACAAGAACUUCUCGACGUGAUAGAUGACAACGACAUCUGUUGCUCGACACCUUCUCUUUCUCGUUGCCCAUCUGCUGCAUUCCAAUAA